CCCCCGCCUUAUGAACCGCGAGAAGACGACGACGACAUUUUGUGAAGCGGUUGGAGGAAGACAAAAGCAGCAAGAGGAGCGGCGGUCUUAUCGGACAAAGAGCGGCGAGGAGACAGACCCAGACGGCGCCGGCCUUCACUUACCUGACACUACCUGUCCCUAAGUCGUUUAUCGGUGACGUUUAUAGCAGCAGCCAUGAGCGACGUAGAGAAGAGUCACUUCGAGAGCAGAGAGUCACGAUCUCGUUCCAAGUCGGCGGCGGAAAGUGCUCCACGUGCAAAAUCUGACAGUCGGUCUCGCUCUCGUAGUGUAUCAAGAGGUUCCAAGCGGUCCCGUUCUCGCUCCAGGUCAAAAUCUCGUACUAGGUCUAGAAGACGCUCCCAUAGAAGAUAUUCUCGCUCCAGGUCUCGAUCACAUUCGCGCAGAAGACGAUCAAAAAGCAGAUCCCACAGCCCAGAAAACAGACGCAGGAGGAGCCGAAGUCGCUCUCCAAUGUCCAACAGGAGGAGGCACAAUGGUAGCAGGGCAAAUCCAGAUCCAAACCUCUGCGUCGGAGUCUUUGGUCUGAGCUUGUACACAACUGAACGAGAGCUAAGAGAUGUGUUCUCUCGGUAUGGCCCUCUCAGUGGUGUGAAGGUGGUUUAUGAUCAGCGAACUGGACGGUCAAGAGGAUUUGCAUUUGUCUAUUUUGAACGCGUAGAGGAUUCCAGAGAGGCAAUGGAACAUGCGAAUGGAAUGGAGCUGGAUGGUAGGCGGAUUCGUGUAGACUUCUCCAUCACCAAGCGGGCGCACACUCCUACUCCAGGCAUUUACAUGGGCAGGCCUACACAUGGAGGUGGCAGACGUCGAGAGAACUAUGACAGAGGAUAUGACCGGGGAAAUGAUAGAUAUGAAGACUACGAGCACAAAUACCAGAGGCGAUCACCUUCACCAUACUACAGUCGUUACAGAUCCAGGUCCAGAUCCCGUUCUUACAGUCCAAGGCGUUACUGACACCUUGAAGCUGGAGAAUUUUUAAUAUCUGAAGCAUCCAGUUAAACCUUCUUUUUUAAGACUUUAAUACAAUUUUUCAAUUUUGAAAGUUUUUUUUUUCUGUUGUACUGUUCUGUGAAUCUCAAAUCCAAUGGUAUUGCUGUAGCUCCAGGUUUCAGGAUAUCUAGUCUUCAAGAUCUCUAAGCAGGAAUACAUGGUUUUCCUUAAUCCCUAUAUUAGGAGGAUUAAUUUUUUUUUUUUUCUGUGAACAGAUUAUUUAAUCAGCGUUCUGAUUGCAAUGAACUAUAUUUUGUGAUGGAAAUCUCAUGUAUAAUAAAGCAGAAGCUUUGACAGAC